AAUAAAUAAUUUUAUUUCAACACCCCCCAUGGCGUUUACAAUGUCAAUUUGUUUUUGUUUUCAUAACAAACUGAAUCAAAAAAGCCACCUGUCCAGUUUGAUGUCGAUGAUUCCAUUAGAGUUUCUCUUGGCCAUUUUUUUCCAUCCCCCUAAAUUAUUAUGAAUCAAGUUGAACUCACUAAAACGUUACAGAAUUUUUUUUUAUUUUCCUAACUAGCUGUACAAAAGAAAAAAUCAAAAAAUCCUAACGUUUUAAAUUGAAAUCCUGUUUGCAUUACAUAUCAAAUUGAUACACGUGCCAAAAGUUUACGCAAAAAAAGACUGGAUCCCAGCAUUAAAAAACACCUGGUUAGAAUUCUAUUCAAAGGUGAAACUAUAAAAAAAAAUUUCAUUGUUCGCGCUUUUUUAUGUAACCCUAAUUUGAUUGGUUACUGGAUAAUAUCUAUUAAAGAAACGAAAGAAAUUAUUAAAAAGUCAUUCUUCACAAAGUUGACGUUUUACUUUUUAUUAUUUCAUACAUAGCGGUAGCUAUUUGUGGAGCGUGGAGCUAAAAAAGUAUCAUUCGCAGUAUCAAAGGACUAUUCACCGAAAAGUUUAAAUCGCUUUAAAGAAUUUACUGGUGACUUUUCGAUCUUCAUUCGGAAGUUGAAAGGCGAAAAAUCAUACUCAAUGUUCAUUCUCCCAUGACAAAUUUCUGUGUAGAAUAUUUGAAUAAAAAAAAACAUUCCAUAGAGUAAUGCCAAAAUAAAAGAAGAUGUAUUUGUUGAUAUUUUUUUUCGCAACCACUCUACAAUAUUCAAGUAGUACAUUGGUAUCUUUAAGAGGAGCAGAAUAUAUUACAUAUGAUUUAUACAAAAAAGAGAUAUCCACGCAGAAUCUGAACAUUGUAUUUAAAUUUAAAACUAUCAACCCAUCCGGUUUGUUUUUAUUCUCUGAAAAUGCUUUUCAUGGAGAUUUUAUUAGUAUGGAGUUGAUCGAUGGUAGACUGAGGUAUAAAGCUCGAUUGGGUUUUGAGGAGUUAGCAGAACAUGAAGUUGUAGUUGGAAACAAUUUGAAUGAUUACCAAUGGCAUGUCAUCCAUGUCAAGCUGACUGGUCGUAACGUCAGUAUUGAUUUAGAUUACCAAAACACGAAACGUUAUUUCGAGGGAGACUUCUCGCAACUUGAUCUUGAUCAGAAAAUCUAUUUCGGCGGUGUUCCCGACCACGUGGAUUUGUCACAAUAUAAAUUGACAAGUCGGAAGUAUUCAGGAUGUUUAAAAAACUAUUUCUUCAACGAUACAGACAUUUUAUAUCGAUCGAAAUACAGUCAAGAAGGUUUUUCCACGAAAGGUGACUUGCUGUGGAAUAAAUGCGAAGAUUUGAUUUAUCACCCGAUCAUGAUGAAAUACCCACAGGAUUACGCAUUGGUUCCUACUCGACUACGGGACAGUUUAUCUGUCACAUUCAAAUUCCGCACACAUAUCGGAGAAGGAUUGCUGUUUGCUAAGAUUUCAAAAUCAGUCUCAGUGCAUAUUGGCUUACGCAAAAACAUUUUGUUGUUUACUGUCCAAAUGCUUGGUCACCAGCCAAUUAUUAUGACACAAGGGAAAGAUCUAAGUGAUGGGUUUUGGCACCGUGUAGAGUUUUCUGUCAGUAAGAAGAUCAUUGAAAUGAAACUAGAUAAGUUAGAUAAAUUAACACACAGAAAUCCGUCGUCACACAAGAUUGAAUUUAUGCCCGGUAACGCCACAAUAGGUGGCGGUGAGGAACAACUCAUGCCUGGUUUUGUUGGGUGCAUGUAUGAUAUAUGGGUGGAUAGCAAUGGCAUCGAUUAUCGCGAACUUGGUUCUGAAUAUUUCAUUGGCGCCAUCGGGAAAUGUCAAUUACAAGACAAAUGUUUGUUCUCGCCUUGCAAACAUGGCGGAAAAUGUUCUCAAGAUCACCUGGCGUAUAAAUGUGACUGUCUAAACACCAUGUACAGCGGUAAAAAUUGCGAAGAAUCCAUUUAUCAACCAAGUUGUCAAGAAUACAAGGAUUUGGGGUUAAAUGAGGAUUCUUAUUGCUACAUAGAUCCAGAUGGCGAUGCGAAGAUAAAGCCGUUCAAAGUAUUAUGCAACAUGACCAACGACAACAAGAACGCAGUUACAAUAUUUGAACACAACCUCAACAAAGAUAGAAUUCCAGUCGCCAACGGUUUGCUCGAUGAAGGCUCGUUUUACCACACCCUUAAGUAUAGAAUUAAAAUGGCGACAUUUGAUGUGCUGCUGGAAAAAGCAGUUCGGUGUAAACAAUUUAUCAAAUUUCAAUGUAAAAACUCCUAUCUGAUGAGAUCACCUAGGGGCCCGCCUGAUGCACUCUGGUGGGGGCGUACUGGUGAUGAUGAGAAAUACUGGGGCGGUGCUGAUCCUGACAGCGAGAGAUGUGGGUGUUACAAAAACAAAUCAUGCGCAAUGCCAGAUCGAUAUUGUAACUGUGACGUAGGCGAUGACAUAUGGAGAGAGGAUUCAGGUUAUUUUCGUGAAAUCGACCGACUUCCAGUAUCAAUGUUGAUUUUCAAAACCUCGUCGAAUCAAUCAUACUUUUCAGUUGGAAAUCUUCAUUGUGAGUUUCCAUCGACCACGCCCCCUAAACAUCUCGCAAAAGAAAGGAUUUUAAAAGCAUGUACAUCUGUUCACUACAAACCAACCGUGAGAACUACUCGAAAGGCGCAGACAUUUAAAGAAAAAGGACGCACCAUUUGGAAUCACAACAGACGAGUUGACUUCGAAAAGAAAAAACCAUCGACGAAGGUGCACAUUGAGAAACCCAACAUUCAUAAUGUGAACGUCAAUGUCACGGUCGAAUUUCCACGCAAGGAAGGAGGACAAAGCAGCAACUCAAAAGAAAACGACGGCCUCAAGUUUACGUUGAGUGUUUACGCAGUCAUCGUCAUUGCCGUGGCGACGAUUAUUGUUGUUAUUAUAAUCGCCGUUGUUGUCUUGGUGAAAAGAUGUCAAAGCCGACGGCGACGAAGAGCAUCUACCAGUGGUGACGAAUCUGAUGAUGACUAUGAAAACCACAACGAGACGACAGAAAUGUGCACCUUCUUUGGUUCCGUUGCACGAUCGGAGCGAAAUCGACCCGUUAUUGAAGUUCAUCGCCAUUCGUUUCACUGCGAUACUAUUGAUGAACUGCCACCUGCGUAUCGCGAGUUUGGCGAUAUCAUGCAACCCAUAACACAUAUAGACCUCAGCUAUAAACCACGAAAGAAGAAUCUCGGGAUUUUUUGUUGAUUUUAAAAAGACUUAGUUGUUCCGUUCGGAGUUGCGUGAUGACGUCAUUGAGUUGCAUGGUCACCUAGAAAAACGGAUCCAAUACUCCAACAUCGUAAUCCGUUGCACGAAUAACGGAAAUCGGUUAUCCGUUUAUGCGCCAUGAUACGGCGACAUUAAAUGUUAAAAAAAAUUCUUUGCAAUUAUUAAAUUUACAAGAUAUCGGAGGACGCGAUAUGAAUAACAAUAAAACGUGAAAUGAAACGCGAUAUCGCACUGGGUGUCCCGAAGAAUUGACAAAAAUAAUUAAAAUUUGUAAAUAUCUACUUUUAUAUUUUUUUGUUACUCUCUUCCCACUUUCUUUUAAUGGAAAAUAAUAAAACUUUA